CCAGUUCAAGGCAGCGCAGGCCAAUGGGAAGGGAAAACCAUCCAAACCGGAAGCCGGUAAGAAGUUCCCGUCUCAGUCCAAUGGCAAAGCGUCUCCUGGAAAGCAGUCUCCAGCAGCACCCAAAGGACAAGAAGGCCCAAGUCAAUCAGCAAACAGCUAAGCCAGCAGCAAGUGCCAAAGCAAACGCCAAACUGGCCAAGGCCUCGCGUAUCGACGCUGACGAUGUGCCCGUGCUGGAGGGCAAACCCAUCAAAAGGCAGAACAAUCUGAAGUCCAAGCAGAUCGGACAGCUGAAGAAGUCAAAGACGGGAGCAAAUCCAAAUCGCAGAGGAGGCAAAGGCUAAAAGUUCAAGAAGUGAACACCAUAAAUCAUACAAGUCGGUUAAGUAGUUGGUUAAGUGUAGGCCUGAAGCCUAGUCAAAUGGUUGGGGGUAGUCCCAGAGGCUGUCUCUGAAUACCCCCAAAACGAUGAUCUGUUUUAUACCGCGAACUGUUUCUAUUGCCUUGGCUACGGUUUGAAGAUUGUGAACUAAAACUUUGCUUGUAAUUAACGAACAUAUUCAAUAAACGUUAAGCUCGGAUUAAUGUAAUCAGAAA